GGGGCGGGGCCGGGCGGCGGCAGCGCCGUGCCGCGCCGUGCCGUGCCGUGCCGUGCCGCGAUGGAGGGUGCUGAGGCGGCGAGCCUGCUGGGGGAGCGUGGCCUGGGGCGGCUGGCCCAGUUCAAGACCUACCGGCGGCGGUGGUUCCUGCUGGCCGCCGUGUGCCUGCUGAACUGUUCCAACGCCAUGCUGUGGCUGACAUUUGCUCCUGUGGCUGAUAAGACAGCUGCGUACUUCCACAUUUCCCUGGAGAUGGUCAACUGGCUCUCAAUAGUGUACCUCCUCAUCUCGAUCCCAUUUGGGCUGGUCGCAACAUGGGUUCUCGACAGCGUGGGGCUCAGAUGUGCUGUGAUCCUGAGUGCAUGGCUGAACAUGACGGGUAGCAUCAUCCGGAUAUUCAGCGUCCUCAAGUUCCUGAGCUUGGGUUCCCAGAGUUACUGGUACCUGUUUAUUGGGCAAUGCCUCUGUGCGCUGGCACAGCCCCUUAUCAUCUUUUCACCAACAAAACUGGCAGCACUAUGGUUCCCAGACCACCAGAGAGCAACAGCAAAUAUGAUCGCAUCAAUGUCCAAUCCUUUGGGUAUUCUUAUAGCAAACGUGCUGUCACCUGCACUAGUUCCUGAAGGAAAGCACAUCCCACUGAUGCUGGGUGUUUAUGCCGUCCCAGCAGUAACAGCCUGUGCUCUAGCAACUCUGGGGAUUCAUGAGAAGGUUCCUCCAACGCCUCCUUCGGCCAGUGCCACUAACUCCACCUCCAAGCCAUUCCUCAUAGGGCUCAAGAUGCUCCUGAGAAACAAGCCGUACAUCAUCCUGGCAGUGUGCUUUGGAGGAGGAAUUGGCAUGUUCACCUGCUUUUCAGCUCUGCUAGAACAGAUCCUUUGUGAAAAGGGGUAUUCAAAUGAAUUUGCUGGCCUGAAUGGUGCACUGUUCACGGUGUGUGGUUUGUUGGGUGCUUUCCUGCUAGGCCUGUAUGUCGACCGGACAAGGAAGUUCAUAGAGUCCACCAAGAUUUGUUUCUGUCUUUGUGCCCUUGCCAGCAUUGUGUUUGCAGUGACAUCUCGGUUCAGACAUCAGACCGUUCUGCUGGCCAUCACCAGCUCAUUCUUUGGUUUCUUCGGUUUUGCGAUCUACCCCAUUGCCAUGGAGCUGGCUGUGGAGUGCUCCUACCCUGUGGGAGAGGGCACAUCUACAGGCCUGAUUUUUGUUGCAAGCCAGAUUGAAGGUGUGAUUUUAAUGAUUCUGCUACAAGCCCUCACUGUGCGUGUUUCUGAGGAUCCAUCCUCUACCUGUGCCCUUGAUCAGAGUGGAGCCCUGGACUGGACAACUCCGGUACUGGUGCUGGCUGGCCUCUGCAGUGCUAUGGCUUGUUUGUACGUCAUCUUCUUCCAUACUGACUACAAGCGGCUCCAUGCUGAGGCAAACAAUGGUGAUUUGGACAAGGCAGAAGAUACAGAUGUUCCUGAAGCAUAACCAGGUCUUUUGGGGCAUGCCAAGGGCCCAGUAAGAGAAGGACUCAGGCCUGUGUUCAGGGACCAUGACUGCAAAUGCUCAGCUGGCACAUUGUGAUAUCCAUGUCCCGUUGCACAACAAGAAAGGACCAGAGUCACUUCAGAGUCUGGGGCACCUUUACUGCACUUCCCUCAAUCUUGUAUUUAUUUGUGAGCCUGGGCUGUAAGAAAGAUUGUGCUGACAGAAGGGUCACAUUGGGACCGGACAACUAUGCAUAUAAUGGGGAUUUUUAGCCGACUUGAUUCAAGCUAAAGACAUGUUGUGGAGGAGAGGAGCAUUAUAUUUCAGCCAUUUUUUCAUUCUCAUGUACUUGGAUCAGGGGUGAAGCUUUCAGAGGCGUGGAAGCCACGCUGAUCACAAACCUAGUGGAAAACUGUGGUUUAAGGACUGUGGUUCUUGUACAGCAUAACAACUGUUCCUUGCAUUGCAGCGGGGAAGUGUAGGUAUGUGAUCUGUAAUAUAAGUCUGUUACAAUGAGCCACUUUGUCCUCUUCUUCAAAUAGGAAAAGAAAAGCUCUGCCUGCAGUGCCACCUGUAAAAGAAAAUAUCUGUAAGCAGCAGAAGUUAAAUACGGCAGGAUUCCUCACUCAUCUGACAGCAUCUCUGUCAGAUGGUGAGACAUUCAGGAUAAGCUUGGUUUACUUGGUCUUCUGUUGUUUCUCCACCUUUCCAGCAAUUGUAGUGGUUUAAGUUUUCCCCAAGAAAAUGAAGCUGCUUGUUUAAGAUUAGGGUAGUGUACCCUCCCCAAGCCAAGUCACGCUCUCCUAUAGGGGAACACUGAGAGGGCAGCUCACUUUUUAGGGAAUGACACAGAAGCUGGCAGGAGAACUGGCAAAGGUGACCACUUAGGGAAUGCAGGGACCUGUCAUAAGUUUCUGCAGAUGAUAGGGGCUUUUCUGGGGAAGAAGAAGUAAAAAACAACAUCAACAAGCACCUUCCAGUUCUCUCUGCAACUGAUAGCUGUUCUUCAGUGUUAGAAGAGAUGGGUUGAAGAUCCCAUCAGAAGAUCCCAUUUGGAGCUCAGUUACCUUAACAACUGCAACGGGUACAACUGGAUUUUUCAUUUUGCAGUACUUCCACAGCAGUCCAGUGUCCUGCUUUGGUGUUCAGAUCUAAAUGUACAACCUGGGAACAUUUUACCCUGUAACAUUUCAGUGGUAAAAAAUGAGAUAGAUGGGAUUCAGUGAUACUUCCUAUCAUGCAUCUUGCAAGGGGAUCUGAGUACUUGCUGUUUAAGGGGACGUGAUGCAAAUUGGACCUGUGACUGGUUUUAGCCAGUACAGCUAGAUGAUGAUCCCAAAGCAGAGGAUACACUUCCCCUAAAAAACACCGUACAGAGGAGCUCUCUUGGUGCCUGAAUUCUCUUCCCCAUUAGCAACUGGAAAUCUUACCCUGUGUGAAACACCUAGCUGCAUACUUCUAGGAAACCUGCUUGUUCCUACAGCUCCAGCCCUGCUCUCACCAGUAAGCACUGAUGUUUGUCAAAAGCAGCAGGAAAUAAGUCUGAAACUGAGGUGAAACAAGCUCAGUUUGGAUCUGGCAGAGGAAAGAGAUUAGCUGUCUUUUGCAAAACUAACUGGUCAGUUCUGCAGCCCUGGAACUAAUACACCAAACAGAUUAACACCAAAUUAACCUGCCACUCCUGAGUCCUACUGUACUGGAAAGCAAGAAGCACUUGGUAGUUUAUAAUUUUAUAUAUUUACAAAUGCUUAUUUUUUUUUAAUAAAGGGUGUUUUACU